AGUAGUACUUGAAUUAUGCACAAACUUAACCCGAAAAAAAUGAAAAAUGGUGGAUAAUACAUGUGGCAAUAGUUGAGGGAGGGGUGGAAAACAUUGAAAGGACCAGACAUGCAAAGUAUUCAAGAAAGAGAUUAAAAAGACCUAGUAGAACCUGUAGAACAAUUCAGGGUACAAUGAAUGCUGUUGUGGAAGACACGUGCGAGUCGGUGGAGGACGUGAUCACAGUGGGCACCCACGUGAUAGUCAAGAAACAGGACUUCAGUAAGAUAUACAAAGUGUCUGAAAAUGGUAUUCUAAUGCUAGGGAAAAAUCAAAGGGUGGAAAUGCAAGAGAUCAUUGGUAAACCAUUCUGGAGCACUUUCGAGAUGGUACCCUUGUCAGGAAACAAGGGUACUUUCACCUUGACACUAACAGAUGAAAUAGAGCCAUGGAACGAUUUAAAAGGCGAGCUGAGCGGUUGCGACAAUCGUUCCAUCACGGACGAUGGUACAUCCCAGCGGCUGUCGAAAGAAGAGAUCCUGCAGUUGCAGGAAGCUGGUAAGACUGGCAAGGAAAUAAUCAGUAGCCUCAUUGAGAACAGCAAGUCUUUUUCUGCCAAGACGGAGUACUCGCAGGAGAAGUACAUCAAGAAAAAGAAAAAUAAAUAUUUUAAGUUCCUGACAAUACACAAAACAUCUAUAUUGUUGUUGCAUGAGGUAUAUUUCAAAAGAAAACACGAGAAAAUCGGAGGAUUGAGAAUGGAUGCUCUGGCGCAGAUGCUGUCCUAUAGCGAUGUGCAAUCUGAUGGCUUGCACUUAUUAUACAGCAAUGGAUUUCAGGGAUUGCCUGCAGCAGCUAUGAUCAACAGAAUAGGUACGAACACUAGCGGUUAUUUGAUCAACCUACAUCCCGGUAACAUGCCUCAAACUACAUUCAUUGAAGCCAUGAACUUUCCACAAGAAUUAAGAGACAGACAUCUUGCAGUGAAUAUUUAUAGUUUCUUGAGAUUACAUUAUCAAGGUGAAUCGAGCAUAAUAGACAAUAUUUCUAAAAAGGUUGUUAUUAAAGACACUGAAGAAUCGCAUGAUACUGAAAAAUCAUCGGAAGAAUCUGAGGGAGAAACUAUGAAUGACGAAGUAUCUGAAACAGACAUGGAAGUUUCAGAGCUGGAAACUGAAAUAAAAGAAAAUGGUACGCUUCUCACAAGCGAUACUGGGGAAGAUAACAGUACUUUGAAACGAAAACUCGAAUCCGAAGAGCCUGAAAUAGAAGCAGCGAAACUGAAGAAACCGAAGAAAUCUGCAAAUAAAUUGAAAUGGUUGUUGGAAACAAAACGUGCUGUGGAUUUAUUAAGUAGCAUGAAAGCCCGUGGUUUAACAAUCGUAGCAAAAGAGCAUCCUUUACAAAUCGCAAAAGCAUUGCUGCCCUUCUUGGGAAUCUCGCGGCCGUUUGUCAUCUUCCACGCGCAUCGGGAGCCCUUGCAGGAGACUUACAUGGAACUCAAACAGAAACGCAAUGUAAUAAAUAUGAAAUUGUUUACGAACUUUUUACGUUCGUAUCAAGUAUUGCCCAACAGGACACACCCCGAUAUUUUGACGAAUGAUACCAGUGGUUAUAUUUUAACAGGUUACUUAGUUGAGUAACAUAAAAUAUUUUUUACAAGUUUUGACAUGAAAAAUUGAUCCGUUUAGACUCGUUUAGACCCAACACCAAUCAAAUGCCAAAAAAAAAUAAAA